ACAAGCACAAUCACAAUAAAAAUCGGGAUCCAUUUUGUCGCUCGAUUAUUAUUCUCUCUAACACUCUUUCCUCUUUUCUCGCGCUUCCUCGUGGGGAUCUCUUUUUCUCUCUAUCUCAGCUCGCGAGGAGGCACUUGUAUUGAGAUGCUGUUGUCGAGUCCAAUGCCUGGUCGAUUUGGAUUUUGAUAGAUUUUGCGGGGGAUAUAUCCUGCCAGGUAGGGUUUGUUUUUGGCGUGGAGCUGUCGCAAGAUUCGGGCGAAUUUGUAUAGAUUUUGGUGAUUGGAGGCUGUUAUUUAAGAAAUGGCAACGCAUUUUGAUCGGUGGGAGAAGGAUCCGUUCUUCUCUGCGGCGGAAGAGGUUCAGGAAUCCGCUGAUAGGAUGGAAUCGACUUAUAGAACGUGGAUUCACUCAAUGAAAGAUUCUCCUAAAAUGUGGAACUCUGAAGAACUUCGCAGGGACCUGCAAACUGCUCUCGGCACCACGAAAUGGCAGUUGGAGGAAUUUGAACGUGCUGUCAAGUCGAGUUACACUAAUAGCUCAGCUGAUGAUGCGAAGGAAAGGCAUCGACAGUUUGUUGUUGCAAUUGACGGCCAGAUUCUUAGAGUAGAAACUUCGUUACGUGAAUCAGCCAUUUCAGAUGGCAAGGCAGCUGACUCUUGGGUGCACUUGGAUGAAGGUGAAUGUAAUGAACUUGCAAUGUUUCUUUCAGGACGACCAACGUCUUCAGACAAAACUUUUGUAAGCAAUGAAAUCAGGGCAAAAGAAUCAAUGAACACACAAAAGGAUGAUGAACAAUCAACACAUAAGUGUUCGAAUCAUCUACAGGAUACAGUGGAAUUGAAUUUAGUGGAGGUCCAAGAGGAGAAGUUUCCUGCACAUCGCAGGACUGCAAGUGCUAGUGCUGACAUUGGUGCCUGGAAGAUUGCAGUUGCUGAUGAUGUCCUCCCGCAGAGUUUGUCCAGCGGACAGCCUGGGCUGCCUCCUCGAAAGAUGCCCAGUUUUUCAGGGUUUCUAAGUACAAUGGAGUCUGCAUCUAAGUUGAAGUGGCAAAAGAAUGGCUAUAGGAAAUUGAAGAAUCAAGAUCACCACCAAGAAGCUGACAGUACAUUAUCACAAACUCAGUUGACAAAGGGUAUUAACAAUUGUUAUGAGAGAAGUAAGAGUUGCCUUGAUGGUUGUGAUGAUUGCUACGACAAGCAACUCUAUGGUUGGCAUGGUGCUAUCCAGAGGCUUCUUCAAAGGUCUCAGUAUCAAAUGCAGUAUAGCCGGCCCCUGCAGAUAGUAUUUUGGAUUUUUCUUCUUUUUUGUUUGAUUGUUUUGUUUGCUCUACGUGCCAUUUAAGGAGCAGGAGGUUCCUUAUUUAGCAUUUUGUUACCUAGCGGUGUUGGAAGCAAAGUGCCGAUCAUCAUUGCCUACACCUGGUAAGGUCAGGCUUGUUUUUAUAUUGGUAGUUGAUUGCGUAUAAUGGUCCUAUUCGUAACCUAGAGGUGGCCGUAGUUUUCUGCUGUGCUGCAGUACUAAUAUCCUCACCCACUUUAUUCUUCUCCAGUUUUGAUUUUUUCUGUCCAGUAAAUUCUGUUGUAUUAACCAAGGGCAACGUUCACAAUGUUCUGUCCAAGGUUUUGUAUUCCCUCCAACAAACAACACAAACAAAAGGCGUACAUAGCCAUUAUUUGCUGCUACUUGUAUAUAGUUUCUUUCUGCCUUUAAUUGGGAACUGCAUUUGUAUUUGAUACACUCAUAAAAUCAUUUUCUAGGGAGUAUUUGUAUUAGCGCUA